GACACAGAGAGAUAGAGAGAGAGAGACAGAGAGAGAAACAGAGAGACGAGGAAAGGUUGGAGUUCUUCCACUGCAGCGUGUGAACAGCAGAUACUUUAUUUUUUAAACACUUGUUCAUUUAAAAAAAAUUUAUUUUAGUUGUUUAUCUACCCGAGUCGGUGCAGAGAUGUUGCCCGGGGUUAUUGCUCCUCCCGCCAUGUAUCCCAACCUGCUGUCUCUGCCGCGGACUUUGCGCUCGGCCUUCACGGCGCCGUCCAGCUUCCGGGUGGAGGACCUGCUGCGCAUCGGCCGCGAGACCUUCCCGCCACCGCUUCCGCCGCCCGCGAGCCCUAACUCUCACGAGGCUGCGCGUGCUUCCUCCGGGACCGACAGGAGCAGCUCACCGCCGCAGACCACCGCCAUCAACACGACCACACACACCCACACACACACCGAGCCCGGAUACCUGAAGUUCGGGGUGAACGCCAUCCUCGCACCUGAUACCAGAAACGCAUCAUCUCCACCUGCACUGCACACCAUGAGCCCCAAACACUUUUCCUUCCCCUACUUUGACGCUUCGUUCCAUCCGUUCAUCAGAGCUGCCUAUUUUCCAGCUUCAAACUCAGUGGUCCCUAUACCGGGAACCUUCUCAUGGCCACUUUCGGCAAGAGGAAAGCCCAGGAGAGGCAUGCUGAGGCGGGCCGUGUUUUCCGACGUACAGCGCAAAGCUCUGGAGAAAAUGUUUCAGAAGCAGAAAUACAUUAGCAAACCAGACAGGAAGAAGCUAGCCGCUAAACUGGGCCUGAAAGACUCUCAGGUAAAAAUAUGGUUCCAAAACCGAAGAAUGAAAUGGCGGAAUUCCAAAGAGAGGGAACUUUUGUCGUCAGGUGGCUGUCGGGAACAAACUCUGCCCACGAAGAUGAACCCAAACCCGGAUCUCAGCGACGUCGGGAUAAAGUACGAGAAUCUGGACAGGGACGGCUCACACGGUGCCUUCUAUCAUCCUCACAUAGGCAAAGAUCUGGAACACGGCUCAGAUUCACUCCUCACGUCUCCGUCACACUCCAGCAAGAACUCGGACUCGUCAGACGAGGAAGAAAUCACCGUGUCGUAGCCGGGAAAAAAGAGACUCCGAAUGGGGUAAAUCCUACAGAUUGACUCAAACCAAGAGACCUUCAAAAGCUGCAGGAAAAGUUUUGGCACCCAUGUGCUGAUGGCUAAUUAAAUAUCAUGCAUCGACGUUAAGAUUUAAAAUGUAUUUUUAUUUCAGUUUGUAUGUUAAAGUCAUGAGACCGUCAGAGAGGUGUUUGCUGACUUGGCAGAAUAUUUUUUUUUGUGAUAUGAUCUUCUCUGGGAUGUAAUGAGGUGUGAAUGAGAUGACCUUGCUCUCUUCAUAGUGCAUCAGAGACUCAUCCAUUUCAAUGAGCAGCUAUUAAUUAGCAGCUUCACUUUAACACUACACUGAAAACUAACAUGAUGGAAAAAAAACAAACAAAAAUGAUGAACAAUACAAUAAAAUCCAGGCUGCUGACGUCCUUUACUCUGGCUGCGUUUUCUGCAGCCGUAACAUUUUGUAUACUAUUUUGUACAAAUAUAUUUCGAAUCUUUUGUAUGGAACGAAUGAGAUUCACGCUUUUCCUGCUGAAUUUUUUUUCCUGUUUAGAUUUUCCAUGUUUAAUCUAAACUGUGUAGAUGCUAAA